AUGCUGUUUACUAAAGGAUUGCUUGCUGCUGUUGUUGCAUACAUUGCAUUUCUCGUGUACCAGUCGCACUCGCUCGACAAUAAGAGAAAUGCAAUCGAACUGGCCUUUUUGCAAUCUUGGAGAGACUACACAAGACAUGGCUGGGAUGCAGACGUCUAUAGACCAAUCUCCAAGGCCAAAUCGAAUAUGUAUGGAUCUGACUCUAAACCUUUAGGCUGGAUCAUCGUUGAUUCCAUUGACUCCAUGCUCCUCAUGUACAAUUCCAGCAGAAAGAACCAGGAGCACUUCAAAACUGAAAUUUUGCGCGUUGAAGACUGGGUAAGUACCAAGCUCGACUACGACAUUGAUGUGAGUGUUUCACUCUUCGAGACCACCAUUCGCAUGCUCGGCGGCCUUUUGUCGGCCUUCUAUCUUUCUGACGAAAUGAAUAUUGGAGAUCCCAGUAUUUAUUUGGCAAAGGCUACAGACUUAGCGAAUAGAAUGCUGCCCGCUUUUGAAAACACUGCUACUGGGAUCCCAUACUCAAGCAUCAACUUGCACACAGGCGUGUCAGAAAAAAACCAUGUGGAUGACGGGGCGUCUUCGACUGCUGAAUUCACGACCCUUCAAUUGGAGUUCAAAUACUUGAGCGCCAUUACAGGUGAUGAUAAAUAUUGGAGGGCAGUGGAAAAGGUUUACAAGCCCUUGUAUGAGGAAAAUAAUCUGAUUGACACCUACAAAGGACUAGCGCCUAUCUAUGUUUAUCCAGAUACAGCAAGCUUUAGAGGACGCAAUGUCCGAUUAGGUUCUCGCGGUGAUUCUUUCUAUGAGUAUCUCUUGAAGCAAUAUCUGCAAAGUCACGAAACUUUGUACUACGACCUAUACCGCAAAUCCAUGGAGGGAGUCAAGCAGCAUUUAGUUUCCAAAUCAAGUCCCAAUGGAUUGGUGUACAUUGGUGAGAGAGAACAUGGACUGUUUGGACCCCUGUCGUCUAAAAUGGAUCACUUGGUGUGCUUCAUGGGUGGACUAUUGGCAAUGGGAGCUACCGAGGGUCUACAUAUCUCGAAAGCUAGAGAGCAAGCUUUCUGGGACACCAAAAGAGAAGAAGAUUGGAUAUUAGCUGAAGAAUUAACUUACACCUGCUAUCAAAUGUACCAUCAAAUACCGUCGGGACUGGCCCCAGAAAUUGUAGUUUUCAAUGACCAAAUUUCAAGCAGCACUCAUGGGUGGUGGAAAUCUGAAAAGGGAGACUUUUACGUGAAACCCGCAGAUGCGCAUAAUUUACAGAGGCCUGAAACGGUAGAAUCAAUCAUGUUUCUUUACCAUCUGACCAAGGACCAGAAAUACAGAAACUGGGGCUGGGAAAUUUUCCAAGCAUUUCAAAAGCACUCCGGUCAAAGCUGUAAGCCGUCCGACGCCGAGUGUCCUUACACUUGUAUUUCAAAUGUAUUGGCGGACCCUCCAACGAAGGCCGACAAUGUCGAGAGCUUUUGGCUGGCGGAGACCCUGAAAUACUUACACUUGCUAUUCCAGGACGACAUCGAUCUCUCCAGCAUUGUUUUUAACACGGAAGCUCAUCCAUUCCCAAUUAUAACUCCGGAGCAGACCAAAAAUGGAACGCUUUUGAACACCGGGUGGUCAUUCGACUGA